CAUUGUUUCCGAUGCGUUUCCUCGUUUAGUUGCACGUGCGCAUCAGCUUUCACCCUAAUGCAGCAACAACACUUCCAAGCGAAAUGUUGAUAUGGUGGUAAUUAAUGGACACUUACAUUGAUCUCUGUCAGUCAUUCGGUGUGCCCCUCUGGGUGGGGCCGUUGCUCCACGCGGCCUCCAGGCUGAAGAAGACAGACCGGAUCAAACGAAGAAAAGUGUAUCGUUUAAUCCAGCGUCAGUUACUGAACAGGAUCGGCUGCAGCACACGUGACAAAUGCACAUAUGUGUACCCAGCUGAGCUCAAAGAGGUGGUCCGAGCAGCCUUUCCCAACGACAUCUGUGACUAUGAAGACCCCUGUCACGAAAAUAAAAUGCCUCCAGAAGGGAAAUCUGACAUGGAGCGGAUUGGCAUCUUUAAAGAGUUGGGAUACAUCUCAAUAGGGGACAAAUAUACACCGUUCAUUUACCGCCCAUUUAAUGACUCCGCAUACAAGAACAAACAGAUGUUGUCAGGACCAGGUAAAUCAAAGAGCGCGCUCCAGGUGGGAUACUUCGACACACAGUUUAAGAGGAUCUUUGAGAGAGAGGCGCUCACAGACCCUGUCAAAAUAGAAAGACAGUACAGGAUACAACAGACCAAAAGGAACAUAGGCAAAGCCUUUCUUCCCAGUAACGGAGAGAAAAAAACAUGUGGAGUGGGCAGCUAUUAUGGGACAUUUGGAGGCCCCAUUCAAGCAAUGAGUGCCCUACAGAAUCCAAGGAAACCAAACAAAUCACCUGGAAAAAACAUCUACAGCAAUCCGCCCAAGAAGGGAAGUGGUUACGGCUAUCCUGACGUCACCCUCUCCAAGAUGGUGUCCCAUUCCUCAGACCCCUAUGACAGAGCCAAGGAAAUGCUAAAGCGUGAGAUCAUGGCACACAAAUCCAUGCUAAAAGGGGGAGCGUUUCGUUUGAACCUUCAUCCAGUUGAAUGCUUUGACAGCAAUCCUUACAAAUUUGACAAACCUCUACCACCUCCAAAGAAGACAGAGGAGAAAAAGCACAUUACGGUGCCCUUCAAACCAAGUUCGCCCAGUAAAAAGACUGGAGGUAUGAAAGCAGGAGCGUUUGAUUCCUACCCCAUCUACUCUGCAGAACCCUAUGGUUCCAAAAAGACCAAAUCAGCAAUGAUGAAUAAGGAAGUAAAAAUAUUUCAUCCCUCCCCUGGUCCAAAGAGCACACCUGUCAAGAGCAUCAUCAGCCUCAAUGUCAAUAAAGCUGUGAACUCCACAAACUACAACCGAAUCCCCUCUGUGAUGGCGUAUUAAGAACGUGUGAUGUCUUCAGGUGAAUAAAUGAAUGUCACAUAUUGGUCUUUAGAUGAGAAAGCUACAAUUUUGAAUUGUAUUCACAUCAUUCUCUUAACUGAUAAAGAUAAACUCAAAAAACCUCAUGUUAUGCUCAAGAUGAACUAAAAGAGCUUAUGCUCAGUACUACUACCCAAGAAAAAAAUACUUGUUUCAUAGCAUCUAGAGAUGUUUAACCACUGUGUACCAUUUUGUCAGUAGUCCACUGAGACACUUUUGUCUAAAAUCACAAAUUAUUAAACAUUAAAAACACAUAGUAUGUAUUUAACCAGCAAGGUGUUUGGCCAAUUCAGUAAGCUCUUAAAUUUUUACAAAUAAUUUCAAAUGUCUCAUAAUUUACAAUGUUGUGAUAUAAUAAACCUUUCAUCUUAUGUGUUCUAAAACAUGCAUGGUCUUAAAGGGAUAGCUGAGUAAAUUAUGACAGUUUUCUGAUUGUGUGAACUAUGCCUAUAAGUUCAUUUAGAAACAUGAGAAUUGAAAAAAAAAAAUAAUGCAGCACAAGUAAUA